GCUCCUCCUUAUUCACUCGUAAGCGAAUCCAUAGUCCCUCUGGACAUUGGACACGCUCGCUGCUUCAGGCUUCGCCAGAAUGAACUUUGAAAUCGGGAUUCGGAUGUCAGUACUGUAACCACUAACCAGCCCGGUCCGGAUCCAUAAUAUCCCCCGCCGAUCCUUCUCAGUAACGGCCAUUAUAUCGUAUUAUGCACGACCGACGAAAACGACGAACGCCCCACGACCGGCCAUGAACACACAUGAGCGUGCAAGGCUCUGAAUCUCGAUUCGCGCUGCUCGCCAGUCACUGUUCUGCUUUGGGUGCUCAGGCUCUCUUCGCCGUACUUCUCAGCGGUGCCGUCGACAGGGGCAAGAGCAGCGGAUUGAGUCACUGGCUACGAUACGCUAUCUCGUCUUCCACGCGCUCUGUUAAUGAAGGACUCGCCGUACAACCUCGAAGAACCUGCCUAUAUCUCAGUCUUGGCAGUGGCUAGUCAGCCUUCGAGGCUCUUCUUGACCUGACAAACGCUUCCUCACGAGGC